CUUUCCUACUGCGCAUGCGUCAUAAGAUUUCGCCCAGAGGAUUGUGGGAAGGAAGUGGCAAACAUUAGGGACGAUCAGGAUGGUGAAACGCAAGAAGUCCCAAGUUUUGCUCGAUUCUGACAGUGAUGACAGCGGUAGUGAUGAGGAUUUGGACAAGGAGUGGUCCAAACUAGCCAAGAGGAAGAGAAGUAGUCCAGAACCGGAGGAGAAACCAGAUCCCGCUCCCGUCUCGUCAGAGUCAGAGACAUCAGAUGAUGAUGAUGACUGGACCCUAGAUGGCAGUAAAAGUAAGAAGAAGGGAAAGGGGAAGGCAGGGAAAAAGCAACAGAGACGAGCCCUGUCAGACAGCUCCGACUCAGAGAAGGACUCUGAACCCGAAGAAGGAGAAGUUUCUGACUCUGACAGCAGCAGCUCGUACAGUGGUUCUGACUCGGGGAGCGGGUCGGACAACGAACAGUUCAACGAUGGCUACGACGACGACCUGAUGGGAGAUGACGAGGACAGGGCCAGGCUGGAGCAGAUGACAGAAAAGGAGAGAGAACAGGAGCUGUUCAACAGGAUUGAAAAGAGAGAAGUCCUGAAGACAAGAUUUGAAAUUGAGAAGAAACUUCGAAAGGCAAAGAAAGAACAGAAGAAGAAGAGGAGGGAAAAGGAGAAGAAACAGCGCGAAGAGGAGGAAGCUUCAGCCACCGCCACUCGGAGUAAGGAACGCCGGCGGACCGUCGACUCCAAGAAGGACAAGAAGUCUCUAGCCAUUGAAGAACUCAAGGCACAGAGAGAGCAGAAGCAGAAGAAAAAUGAAGCCCUACAGGCCAAGAAGCCCCCCCUGAAGGCCAGUGAUGUGUACAGUGAUGAUGAUGACAGUGACAGCAGCUCAGAUGAGUCCGAGGUGUCGAAGAGCGAUGCCUCCUACGCUGUAUCUGACCAGGAGGAGGAAGAGACAGAGAAGCGACCACAGAUGAUCAGUAGUAAAGACGACAUCAACCGAAUCCGGCUUUCCAGACACAAGUUGGAGAGAUGGUGCCAUAUGCCAUUCUUCAAGAAAGCAGUCGCCGGUUGUUAUGUAAGGAUCGGCAUUGGAAACCACAAUGGAAAACCUGUCUACAGAAUUGCAGAGAUCAUUGAUGUUGUAGAGACGGCUAAAGUAUACCAGCUGGGCAGCACUCGCACCAAUAAGGGGCUCAGGCUCAGGCAUGCAACGGAUGAAAGAGUGUUCCGACUGGAGUUUGUCUCCAACCAGGACUUUACAGAGUCAGAGUUUCUCAGGUGGAGGGAAGAGAUGAUGACUAAAGGCUUUCAGUUGCCCUUCAUGGAUGAAGUGGAGUCCAAAUACAAUGAUAUACAGCAAGCACUGAAGUACGACUUCAAGGAGGAUGAUAUUGAGGCAAUUGUCAAAGAGAAAGAGAGAUUCCAGAAAUCACCAUACAACUUUGCGAUGAAGAAAACAGCAUUGAUGAAAGAGAAGGAGAUGGCAGAGGCAUCGGGGGACACAGACAAGGCUAAGGUUCUGUCAGACAAGUUAGAGGAACUUGAAGAGAGGGCUGAAGAGCUGAACCGUCUCCGCCAGAAAAACAUCUCAGCUAUCAGCUACAUCAACCAACGUAACCGAGAACGCAACCUGGUCCAGGCGGAGGAGGCGUUUAAGACAGAGAUGCAGGAACUCCGAACCCAGAAGAUGGACUGUUUCCGCCGCAGAAACUGCACCCCCACCAUCAUUAGCAAGGGGAGGGAUCCAGCUAUGUCUGCCAAAAUUGUCCAGAGAUUGAAUGAGAUCUAUGGUGGUGACCAAGGUCUACAGGGACCUAACCAGAGGCCUGCUGUCCACCCUUCCACCUCACAGGAACAGCUGCAGGAGAUGCCGCAGCUGCCCAAGUCAGAGGUGGACGGGCCGGCCGGUACGGAGAACAAACCAGGGGAGGGCGAUCACUCUGAGGACCUGUUUUCUGCUCACGACUUUGAUAUAAAGAUAGACCUAGACCUUCCAGAAAAGGCUACCCGACCCAUUAACGUGACCAAAGGAGUGGGCCCUCCAAAGGACGGUGCACCAAAACGAUCACUCAACCUGGAAGAGUACAAGAAGAAAAGAGGAUUAAUUUGAAACUACCCUUCCAUGGAUCAAGGCUUAGAUCUCUUAUUUCAAACUUGCUGACUGGCUACAUAUAUCCCAAGUAGGAUUUUUUGUGCUGCAGUCACCUGCAAAGUAAACAUGAGAAUGUACAUUUGUAGGGUUUGAAAAUCUUCUGAAUUCAUCAUGAGUUUAUCAAAGUUUAAGUGUAUGAAACAGAAUGAUAAUAUGAGGAUUGACUUAAAUUUUGCGGUAGGUAUUUGCCAAAAAGAAUGAUGGACCAUACACUUGUUAUUGUCCUGUACUGUAAUAAGAGCUUUAAACCUUGAUGCAAAAUGCCUAUAUUGUAGUGUGAAGUGCUCGUUAUUCCUGUAAAUGAAGUGUAUUUGUACCUGCAAGUUUUGUCUUUUGUACUCAACUUUAAACCUUUUUUCUGUAUAAAUGCAAACAUUACACCCGGUCAGUUCCAGCUAUUAUCCUAGAUUCUGUAUAUAUAUCGAAGUGAACACUUGUUAUUUUUCUUAACUCAACAACUUGGGGGGUGAUUUUUUGCUCGGUAGUGAUAACAGCAAGUAGUGGUUGUUAAUUGUAGCCUGGCAAAGUAACAUAGCAUAAUGUAUUUUUUGCCUCCCCUGUUCAUAUCAUCUUGAUCUACACAGUGCUUUUGUAUGGAUUUUGUUACUUAAGAUUGAAUGUUGGUAACUGUAGAACUCAUAGAGGCCCUUAGUUAGUCUGGUGGUUAAAACAGAGCUGAUGCAUUGUUGCAGUUUUCCUUCCAUAUCAAUUGUGGCUAACUCCUGGUUUGAGUGCUGUGUGCACACACAACAAUGCUUUUACAAUACAGUUACAUGUAUCAUACAUAACAUAUUUAAUUUCCAAUUGUUCCUACUCAACUCAACUUAGACUUUGGUUUCUGCAUAAUCCAAACAAACAAGUCAACAAUGUCAGUGAUGUGGUCUGUUGUGUCAUCCCUAUAUGUGAAA